AUGAACUCCUGGGUCAGCCCGAGCUCUUCUCAGCUUUACCCCGAGAGCUCUGCCGGCCGAGCCGAGGCUCGCACAUCGCCCGGGCGGUGCCGGCACACAGCGAGCGCUGCGCUUCUGCUCUGCAUUUACCGGCACGCUCAGCUUUGCCUCCUCCCCCCUGGCUGCAGGGCGAGCUCCCGGAGCCCGGCCCGGCCCCGUGCGGUGCCCGGGCCCCUCCGGGGCUGCGGGGCUCGGCGGGGAGCGGAGCCCGCCCUCCGUGCCCGCCGUGCCCGCGGUGCGGGCGCGGAUCCAGAGCGGGGAUGCGGGCGCCCGGAGCCUGCGGGGAAUGGCCGGGACGAGCCCGAGCGCUGCCUGAGCCCCGCGGGGAGGCUGGCGGCCGCCGUGUGCCUGGGCGCCCUGGGCAGCCUGGGCUUCUGCAGCAACCUGCUGGUGCUGCUGCUCUUCUGGCGCUUCCGUGCGCUGCGCUCUCCCAUCAACCUGCUGCUGCUCAACAUCGCGCUCAGCGACCUGCUGGGCUGCGCCCUGGGCACCCCGCUCGGGCUGGCCGCGGGGGCCAGCGCCGCUCCGGGGGCCGCCUGCGCCUGGCACGGCUUCGCCACCGCCCUCUGCGGCAUCAUCUCUCUCAUCUCCCUGGCUGUGCUUUCGUACGAGCGUUACUGCACCAUGACGAGAAUAGCAGAGCCUGACACCACCAACUACAGGAAAACCUGGGCAGGCAUCAUCCUGUCCUGGACAUACUCCCUGCUCUGGACUGUUCCCCCGCUGUUUGGCUGGAGCAGCUAUGGGCCAGAAGGAUCAGGGAUAACCUGCUCUGGGAACUGGCAUUCCAAGGAUGCCAACAACACAUCCUACAUCAUCUGUCUUUUCAUCUUUUGCCUUGUAAUCCCUUUUGCCAUCAUUGUCUAUUCCUAUGGGAAGCUGCUCUGUGCUGUCACACAGGUGAGCAGCAUGCAGCGGGGGCCGUGCCGGGGCCGGGAGCAGCGCAUCCUGCUCAUGGUGCUGGUGAUGGUGCUGUGCUUCCUCCUCUGCUGGCUGCCCUAUGCAGCUGUGGCACUCAUUGCCACCUUUGGGCAGCCUGGGCUCAUCAGCCCUGCAGCCAGCAUCAUCCCAGCCAUCCUCGCCAAGAGCAGCACUGUCUACAACCCCAUCAUCUACGUGUUUCUGAACAAACAGGUCAGUGAAGUGCUCUCCUCCCUUCUUUUGGAUUCGGUGUGUGCAAGGAGUGAAAAAAUAGCAAGGGGAGAUAGACAGAGCAUCAGUGACAUCACUCAAAUCCAUGAGAGGGAAGCUCUGAAAAAGGGCUCCAAGGAGCAAACAUAUUGGAAAAAUCUGUGCUUUUGGAAGUUGGAUGACUUGACCAACUCCCCGCAUGUGCACACAGUAAAUGAUAGGUCCUUCCUUUCCAUUGCACAAUUUGACAAAAAAGAGGAGAAAUCCUUAUUCUGGCAAGAGUGGAAGCACCAGAAAUUGUCUGAGGUGAGUCAGAUAUGA